AUGACACAGGAGUGCUUGGGCGGGACGGCUGUUGUCGCGGCGGACGGGCUGUACAAGCGGGACAUUUUCCGACUGCCUGACCCGUUUGUGGUGGUGACGGUUGACGGGGCGCAGAUGCACACGACAACAGCGCUGAAGCGGACGCUGUCGCCAUACUGGAACGAGAGCUUCAGCGUGCAGGUGAAGCCGGGCAGUGUGAUUGCUGCGCAGGUGUUUGACCAGAAGAAGUUCAAGAAGCGCGGACAGGGCUUCCUGGGUGUCAUUAACGUGCAGGUCAACCAGCAUAUUGACGUCGACAAUGGUGGCGAGGCCAUGGUGACCCAAGACCUCAAGGCAUCAAAUAACAACGAUCCCGUGCAGGGCCGGCUUGUGCUCCAGCUGGUCGCAGCGGGCAACGGCAGCGGCGGUAGCGGUAGCGCGCAGGCAACAGGCCAUGCUACCACACCGGCCACCUUGGCACCGGCCGCCUCUGCUACUACCGCUGCUGCCGCCGCCGCCCCAGCAGCAGCCCCGUCGGGCGGCGCUGGUCAAGCAGCAGGCAACGCGCCAGCGGCAGCGGCGGCUGGGGAUGCGCUCCCGGACGGCUGGGAGCAGCGCAUCGACCACCUAGGCCGGGUGUACUAUGUCGACCAUAACUCGCGCACGACGACGUGGCGCCGGCCGACCGAGCCCGGCAGCAUGUCGGCACAGGGCCCAACUGAGGGCGAGCGCCAGCGUCACAUGAACCGCGCUCUGCCUGACACGGCCAACACAACCAGCCAGCCUGGCACUCCAUCGCAACAGUCGUCGGUGGCCACACCAGGCACGGCGGGAGGACAGGCAGCUAGCAGCGGCGGGAGCUCUGCGCUGGGCCCGCUGCCGUCGGGCUGGGAGCAGCGAUUCACUGCCGAGGGCAGGCCGUACUUUGUGAACCAUAUUGCUCGCACCACGACGUGGGACGACCCGCGCGUGCGCGGCUCCAAUGCGCCGAACGGCAACCGCGCCGCAGCCGUGGCCAACGUUGCCGGGCAGACGGCGUCUCGCCUAGGCCCGCUGCCGUCGGGCUGGGAGAUGCGGCUGACUGGCCAGGGCCGCGUGUACUUUGUUGACCACAACACCAAGACCACAACAUGGGAUGACCCUCGCCUGCCAAGCAACCUCGACCAGAACGUCCCGCAGUACAAGCGCGACUUCCGGCGCAAGUACAUUUACUUCCGGUCGCAGGCGGCCAUGCGGCCAGUGCCUGGGCAGUGCCACAUCAAGGUGUCGCGCGACAGCGUGUUUGAGAACUCGUACAACGAGAUUAUGCGGGUGCCGGUGUCGGAGCUCAAGAAGCGCCUGAUGAUCAAGUUUGAUGGCGAAGACGGCCUGGACUACGGUGGUGUGUCGCGCGAGUACUUCUUCCUGCUGUCGCAUGAGAUGUUCAACCCGCAGUACUGCCUGUUUGAGUAUUCGGCGCACGACUCGUACACGCUGCAGAUCAACCCGCACUCGAACAUCAACCCGGAGCACCUGAACUACUUCCGGUUCAUUGGGCGCACCAUGGGCCUGGCAAUCUUCCACCGGCGGUUCCUGGAUGCGUUCUUCACGUCGUCGUUCUACAAGAUGCUGCUGAAGAAGCCAGUGGACCUGGAGGACAUGCAGAGCGUGGAUGUGGAGAUCUACAAUUCGCUAAAGUGGGUGCUGGAGAACGACGUGUCGGACAUGGGCUUCACGUUCUCGCUGGACGACGACAAGUUUGGAGAGCGUGUGGAGGUGGAGCUCAAGCCCGGCGGCAAGGACAUUGAGGUCACGGAGGAGAACAAGAAGGAGUACGUGCAGCUCAACGUGCAGUACCGUGUGUGCGACCGCAUCAAGGAGCAGUUUGAGGCGUUCCAGGCAGGAUUCCACGAGCUGAUCCCUGAGGAUCUGAUCCAGGUGUUUGAUGAGCGCGAGCUCGAGCUGCUGAUCGGCGGCAUUGCGGAGAUUGACAUUGACGACUGGAAGAAGCACACAGACUACCGCGGCUACACAGAGUCGGACCAGGUGGUCCAGUGGUUCUGGAAGGCAGUCCAGGAGAUGGACUCUGAGCACCAGGCGCGUAUGCUGCAGUUCACGACGGGUACGUCGCGCAUCCCAGUCAACGGAUUCAAGGAUCUGCAGGGAAGCGACGGGCCGCGCCGGUUCACGAUCGAGAAGGCUGGAGACAUUGUUGCGCUGCCAAAGAGCCACACGUGCUUUAACCGCAUUGACCUGCCGCCGUACACCGAGUACGAGACGCUGAAGUCGAAGAUCAUCCUGGCUAUUGAGAACACUGUCGGUUUCGCCCAGGAGUAA